UACUUUCUAACUGUGAUCUCCAUCCUCAUCAUCAUCAUCAUCAGCAAAAGUUAAAUGAUGAAAAGAUGAUUCAGUUUUGGAUAAUACCAACAAUUUAUAAACCAUCUUGAAGCUGCCCUGCAGUGAGAUUCAAGAAAUCAACUACAAGUUGGUCUGAUUGUUGACCGAUGUUUAUCCAAACAGGAUAAUCAACUAACUACCACCAUCAUCGCCAUCAUCAUCAUUAUCAUCUUCGUCUUCAUUUUAAUCAUCAUCAUCGUCGUCAAUAACCAGCGGUAUAACCAAAUCACAGAACGAAAAGUUUUUCAAAACUUUGAUCUCAUUUUCGUUGGUCCAUUUUUCAUUCAAAUCGUUGAUGCGAAAGUUUAUUUUUCAACUUUUCUACUUUAUUGACAAUCAAAUCAAUUGACUUUUCUAUUUUCUCAUGUUAAUCUGAUUUGUAAAUUGCUUAUAAUCAAUUUCCAAUAUAUAUGAACUAAUCUCUAUCAUCGACAUCAGUAUUUGAUUACUGAUUUUCUCGUUCCUUGGAAAACCAUACGAUGGAUCUUCAAGAUAUUGAUGAAAUUGAACUAACGAUGCCACCAAAGCGAAAGGGUAAAGUGUCACAAGUGAAUUGUUUUACCGGAUUGGUGACCUUUGUUUUCUUGUUCAAUAGUUGUUACCUUUUGAUACCCAAUGUCAAUGGGCAAAUACUAUCACUUCAACCACGAAUGGUACAAAAACGAUCUGAUCGAGCAACACCAGCUCUUCGAGGACUAUUGGACACUCUCUUACAGCCAACUCGAACCGCAUCUUCUAGUAAUGGUUGGAAAGGAUUUGUCUUCAUGGAUCCACUGUUCAAAGUACCUCGAUCUCCAUCUUCAAGUGAAAGUCUAAUUGAAUCCCAGCAACAGUUACCACCUUCACCUCUUUCCCCACCACAACGAGGAUCACCAAAUGACCCUUUGGGACCAUCAUAUCCAAUGGAUAGUACUCAAUAUGAGACGGAAAGUGCACCAAUACCUUACAUCAUUGAACCUCCAAUGGACAUGUAUCAACCAAUGGCUUCUAAUACACGAUAUUCAAUGGCCAAGAAUCCUUAUAAUGAUUAUUAUGAUGAUGAGGUCAACGGGGAGCCUCAGAUAAGAAGUCGACCCAAAAGUAAACCAUCGACCAGUACAACGACCAAAAAACCAAAUCAAACACCAGCAAUCAGCAUUGGACCAGCUUCUGGUGGUGGAACAGCAAUUAGAUUGGGCAAAGCAAAGAUCACUUUCAAAAAGGGAAGUAUAAGUUUAGGUCCAGUUGAAGAUCACGAAACCGAAUCAAAAAGAUCAACAAACGAUGAGAGCAAAUCAAGUGAAAAACGAAUAACCAAUAAACGAUCUCAUCACCAUAAUUAUCCGGACGAAAAUGAUUCCGACGCUUAUUCAGUACCCUCAUCGUCUUCAUCCUCUCGACAUCAAAGCUCAUCAUCAUCAGCUAAUCGUGAUGAUCGUCACCAAUCAAAUUCCAAGGUCAAUAUCGACGAUCGUCCCGUUUACACCGACGACGAUUAUGGUCCAAAAUAUGCAACUAAUUACAAGACCUCCGCCAGUGGAUAUUAUCAAAGCUACAAACCUUAUCAUAACCUGGAUACAUUAAUUGAUAAACAAGUCAAUCUAAAUCAAGGACAAUCAAAUCACCGGCAAUUAGAUGGGGAUAAUUUCUCACCGCAACCAGUUUACCAAGGGAACACCCGAAAUCAUAACAAUAUAAUUACCUCUUCCGUGACUGAAUCAUAUAGCACCAAAAACGAUUACGAUUAUGAAGAUUCAGUGGUAACUGAACGGAUUCGUGGUAAAAAAUCUCGAGAUAAAAGACGAGAUGAGACAGUUAUCGAGGAAGACGAAGACGAAGAUGAGGUUUCACCAGCAUCUCGAACAGGAACCGGAAGGAUAUCGGAAAAACGGCGAAAAGGAAACAAGAAAACUGACCAGUCAAACAAAAAAGAGAUCGUUGAUAACGAAGAAGAUGCCGAUGGUAAAUCGGUGGCAGAAAACGCGGAUGAUGAAGAAACGAUCGAAUCAAGUACAGAGAAAUCAAUAUCAAUUCCAACAACAAUUAAAUCAACUCGCAAAAAAUCAUCAAAACCAAAGAAUCAGCAACAAUCAACAACAACAACGAGUAAAUCAACAACUCGAUCAAAUCGUAAUAAAGCUAAAUCAACCUCCAAACCGACAACAUCAACACCUCGUGAAGAUUUAACUUCAUCUGAUGAUAAGAAAUUGAUUAAGGAGCAUCGACAUGAUCAUGGUGACGAUGAUGAAGAAGAUUCCGAAAAGAUAAAGACAAAUGAAGAUAAUGAAGAUGAAGACAAUGAUGAAGAAAUGAAAGUGAUUAGUAAAACAACAACCACAACAACAACUCAAGUAACACCAACAAUUAGUUCAACUGAAUCAAAGAAACGUAAAACUGGUUCAAGACAAAACACAAAUAGACGUAAAUCAAAUAACAAUAGUAAACAAAGUUCAUCAACUGUUAAUGAAUCUCAACAAUCAACAACAAUUAAAUCAACUGAUGGAAUAGUUUAUAUUGGAAAUCAAGGUCAAUCAAGUAAAACCAGAAAAGGGUCAAUUGAAAGUGUCUCAAUUUCACCGGGAACAAGUUCAUCAGUCCCAGAAAGAGGAGGAGGAACAAUUGUCACCCUGAAAAUGGCGGAAGAUCCAUCAUUAGGUGUAAUUGGAGGUUCAAUUAACUCAAAGAAACCCGGAACAAUUUAUCAGAUCCGAUUAACUUCAAAAAUCCCAACGGAAUCAACAUCAGUCACCGGAAAAGUGCCAAUAAUAAGUAAAGUACCGGAUGAAAGUCCAAUCGAAGUGACAAAAGAUGAAAUGUCGAUAAAUCGUCUAAUCAAAAUGAUGCAGGAGACACUUGAAGAUAUAAGGAAAAGUUCAUCUUCCUCAGCAUUACCACCAUUACCAUCACCAUCUAGUCCUUGUCCUCCCACAGUAAUCAUUGAACCACUCCCAUUAUCUACAACUACAUCUACAACAACAACAACAACUACAACACCUAAACCAAGUUUAUUGAUUUCUAAUCUAAUGCCAACAACAAAUAAACCAGUUGAUCCAUUUCUUAAUCUGCAUCAUGGUAACAUCACAAUUGUCCCUGCGUCCAUGGGAAAUGUGAGCGAUAUCGUUGAGAUGUUGGUUAAAACCUCGAAAUUUAUUCCUCCCUCCUCAUCAUCAGUGAGACAAAAAUCCCGAUUACCAAGUGAGAUUUUAAUUUCAUCGGAUAAUUUAAAUGAUAAACGAAAUGAUGACAACGAUUAUUCAAUUGAUCUUGACAAUAGUUCAAUUGUCACCAAUAAUUCAGAUAAACCUCAAGCUGAAGAGAGCCGUUCAAAGGGAACGAGACAAGACUCAAAUCAACCCGAAAUUAUGAUUGAUCAAACAGCAAAUUCCAAACAAUUAACUAAUGAUAACAACAAUAACAAUGAAAACGGAGAUGAUGUUCCGAUAAUCGUUGUCCUAUUACCACCCGAAGAUGAAUUACCAAGAGAUUCAAUCAACUGAAUUAACAAAGAAAAAGUUUCUCAAUGUUAAUCAAUUGAGAAAUUAACAAAGUUGAUCAUAUAAGAAACUAAUUAUAACAUUAUUAUUAAGCAAUUUAAGCACAACCAUCACAAUUAACCAAAUGUAAAUACUAUUUUAAUAUGAUUUUGGCAAAAAAAAAUUGUCUAAAUUAAAGUGAAAAGUUGAUUUUUCCAAUCAAUUUAAGCUCCAAAAUUAAA